CUAAAUAUUGUAUUUCUACAAGAUUCAACUUUGGAUUAAAAUGUCAGUCAAGUUGUUCACCUCAUAAAUGAUGGGCUUCAGUAAAAAAUAUGUGGAAAAGUAUGUGCCUUACAAAAAAUAGCUUAAAUGUUAAUAGGUCUAGUCAUUACUGAAACCUGUCACCACUCUCUGGUUGCCUGGCCUCCAGUGAAUUACAACAAAAAAAAAAAAGGUGCUCAACCAUCUUCCUUCCUCAUCUGAUGCUAUCGCAGUACUGCUCUACACUGCAGAGCAGUCUAUAGACCCUCUAUAUAAACUUACCAGGCUCAGGAUUGUGAUAAACUACUACAAGUACCAUUCCUCAAAUCGGUACAGUAACUUUGAGGUUUUUAAAACUUAUCUCUAAAGUUUUUAUCUGGAAGCUGAUUACGAGACUGGGGUUUGGUUCAGCAUGGCUCAUGUGGCCAAAUUCUGGAUGGCUGUAGUCAUCGUGGGGCUCGUGUGUAUAACAGCAUCCCAUGGCAGACUUACUCCUCGUAUCUCUUUCCCUAUUGAUGACAACGGAAGUUCUGUCAGAGUUACAGCUCAUUUCUCUGAUGUUGAAAAUGCAACCACCCUAUUGCUAAGUGACGAUGGUGCUACUCUGUAUGUGGGUGCACGUGAUGCUGUCCUCACACUGAAUGCACAUCAGUCCGGAGUUCUAACUCUGAAAAAAAAGCUUGAAUGGACACCACCUACAAAGGAUGUUGCUAAUUGCCAGAGGAGAUUGGGUAGUAAAGACACGCUGAACUGCCACAACUAUAUCCCUGUGCUGGGACUUCUCAAUGCUACCCAUCUGUAUGUGUGUGGGACCCAUGCCUUCCAGCCUCAUGACACAAUUAUUGAUAUUGAAAUGUUGACGCAUCUGAGAAAACCAGCAGUGGCCAAAGGUCACUGUCCAUUCACCCCAGUGGAAAGAAAUGCAGCCAUUUCAGUUGAUGGUGAGAUGUAUGUUGCUACGAUCUCAGAUUUUAUGAGAAAGACACCAAGUGUAUCACGUUUCCUUAGCAGAAAUGGUCGAGUGGACGUGAGUCUUGACAACCCUGUGAAAGUUCUACAAGAACCAACUUUCAUCAGUUCAUCUGCCAUACCUGGUGACAAGAAGGUCUACUUUUUCUUCACUGAAAUCGGUAAUGAAUACAACUUCAUGAGCAACAAGCUGACUGUCUCUCGAGUGGCGCAGGUCUGCAAGGAUGAUGUUGGAGGGGAAUACACCCUGCAGAAACGCUGGACUACCUUUGCUAAGGCUCAGCUUGUCUGCCAGCGAGAAAAUGAGUUACCGUUUAACAUCCUCCAUGACAUUGUGCCACUGCCUGCUUUGGAGGGAGACUCCUCGGAUGGCAUCACCUUUUAUGGCAUCUUUAGAUCUCAGUGGUCCCUGACUUCAGGAGUGUCUGCAGUGUGUGCUUUUAAGCUGCAGGACAUAAAGGCUGCCUUCGCAGGGAACUACAGGAAAUGGAGCAGUGAUAGAUAUACUCCUCAAACUGAAAAAAAAGUUCAGUUUGGAAAGUGUGGCUUGGCAAAGAACAACACUCAGAACUUGGAAUUGGUGAAAGAUUCUUUUCUGACUGAGAAGAAUGUGCAGACGAUGGACAAUAGAAUGGUUCUUUUAUCUCCAGACCAGACAUACAGUCGUGUAGUGUGUCAACAGACUCGGGCAGCCAAUGGUCAAGCCUAUACUGUCCUUUUCUUACUCAGUGAAUCUGGAUACCUUCACAAAGUGGUGCUGUUGAAAAGUGGUCCCCACAUCAUAGAGGAGAUUCAAGUCUUCAGAUCUCCACAAACAGUGAAAAACAUCAUUCUGUCGGCCUCCACAGGUAUGGUGUUUGUGGGAUCACCUGAGGGAAUAUCUCAGGUCCCAGUGUCUAACUGCUCCUUUCAUCAGACUUGUGCUGAAUGUGUGUUGGCCAGAGAUCCCUUCUGUGGGUGGGAUCCCACCAAAGGAGUCUGUGUCAGGGUGUCCGACAUCUCACUUGAUGUGCAACAAGAUGUGGAACACGGAAAUGCAACAGAACAAUGUAAAACUAUUGUUUCUGAGAAAGGUCCCAAAGAAAUUGAACUCUACCAGGAACUCAACAGACUGACAGUGCUACGCUGCCCAACACUCUCCAGCCAGUCCCUUCUCACCUGGAGGUUCUCCAACAACACUCUCCUGCCUCCCGCCAUCUUCCUCCAGCCAGGAGACAACAGUGUGGUCUUCGCUGGCAGUCUGCUCACUGUUGGGCGUUAUGUUUGCAUGUCAGUGGAGCGAGGCUUUGAGCAGACGGUGGCCAUCGUCUCAGUGAAACUGCGAAUCUCAGAAAACAACCCCACGACCGUACACACCACAUCGCAGUCAGGUAAACACACUCCGACUACAACGGCUGGGAAGACAUCACCAACAUCCGAGCAGAGCCCGGGCCACACUACCAGGACACGUACUUACAGUACAACUGGCCACACCGUUGUGACUCAGGAACCGAAGGGAUAUAUCAUCACCACGCAGAUGGAGAACGAGGCUCUGAACUCAGCUGGUGAAGCCGUUUCCCUCAAGAGCUACCACGGGGAGCUGGUGGCUGUCUCAAUCCUGCUGGCCCUCUGUGUGCUGAUGCUGGUUGGGCUCUUCUGGUGGCAUCAGCGAAGUCUCCGCAGAGCCACUUUAGGCUUUGGGCAGGAGAAAGAUCCAUCUCUGGGGAAGGUGGACACUUGAGGAUUAGGUGGGAUGGGUGGUGAAAGGGUUAGUUUUAUAUAGACCCUUUCAAGAGAGUUCCAUUAUCAGCAUCAUAGUUGGCCCCACAA